AUGGCCAGGCAAGAGCGCGUAGCGCGCGACUCGGCCCGCGCCCUCCGCUAGAGCCGCACACACAGGCCAUGUGUGUCCACAGGUAGUCGUCGCGCCGUUUCCAUGGCGACGCGCCGUGUUGUCGUCGCUCGGGGUGUGCAGGCCCCCCGCCGGCCCGCGCGGAGCAGCGCCAGUGAGCAGUGAGAGUUGCAGCCGCGUACGACGCGCGCAACAGUGGAAGCAGCCACGCGGGGGCCCUGGGCCCCGCCGCUCGCGCAUGGGGCAGCAGCAGCAGCAGCCGGUGUCACGUGACGAUCAGCGGCCGAACAACGACGACGACGUCUGAAAGCAAAAAAGAGCGUUAAAGCCCGUGUAAUUUCCCCCACCCCAGCAUCCCCCUCCACGAUGAACUCCAAUGUGGUGUACGCGAGCAUGUGUCACAACGGCGACGGCGCCUCGGCGCCCUACGCUUCUUCGGCGCAGCACUACGACCUGGCGGCGCAGGUGUACUUCCCGGCGGCGCCGGCGGAGAGCGCGUACGGACCUCCCGCGGCCAUCUCGUUCCCGGGGGACCCGCGGACGCCGCCGCUGCACGGCGACCCUUCGUCUCUCGGUCACCACCCGCACCACCAUCAGAUCAUCAACGACAACAACGGACUCAGUUACACCAACCUGGACCAGCAGGCAGCCGCAGCUGCGGCGGCGGCCGCGGCCGCCGCCGCGGGCUACCACCUGCACGGCGGGGCGCCCGCCGGGGCGCACCGCGGUGGCUACGGUUCUCCGGGCGGCGCCAGCCCUCGGCCCGCACCGACCACGGCGACCACGGGCUUUCCGUACCGGGGCGCGGGCGGCCUGGAGUACGCGCACAUGGAACCCGUGGCCGGAGUGCACCAUGCGGCCACGCCGGGAGACCACCACAUGUCGCCCGGGGAGCGGGCCGGCAUGCACCACGCGUCGGCGGCCGGCUACCCGGCCAGCGCUUACCUCGACCCGCUGACGCUGACCACGCAGAGGCGCAAUGGCUACGGCGGGCCCUACGACGGCUACGAGCAGGCGGUGCGUGACAGUUGCCAGCACAACGGCGCCGCGGCGGCUGCGGCCGCGGCCGCCGCUUACCAGGCCUCGUCGCACGCGCUGGCGGCGCGCUCCGGACUGUCGCCGCCGAAGCCCGCACCGGUGCCCACCUACAAAUGGAUGCAAGUCAAGCGCAACGUGCCCAAGCCGCUGCCCAAGCACGAGUACGGCGGCUUUGGCGCGACCGGCGCCGGCGGUCCGUGCGGUCCCAAUGGCACGGGCCGCACCAACUUCACCACCAAGCAGCUGACGGAGCUGGAGAAGGAGUUCCACUUCAACAAGUACCUGACGCGCGCGCGGCGCAUCGAGAUCGCCACAGCGCUGCAGCUGAACGAGACGCAGGUGAAGAUCUGGUUCCAGAACCGCCGCAUGAAGCAGAAGAAGCGCAUGAAAGAGGGCCUCAUCCCGCCAGAGUCCUCGCCGCCCGACGCAUCGGCCGGCACCCUCUCGCCGGGAAAGCUGUCGCCGCCGUCGCCCCAGCAGAAGGACAGCCAGUGAGGAGCGCCCCACAGCGUGCGGCCAAAGCUGCCUACAUGCGGCGACAUGGGCCAGAACCCUUCUUCCACGAGCUGUGUCAGCCCACGGCCGCUACGCGUUAAAUCCCCCCCUUGAACCCCCAGGCGCACCACCACCGAUUUCGCCCUCUCUCACUCACGUGUUCGUGGCCGUUCGACCUGGCUCACCAAUUUCCGUGUAGCAUCUCCGCACUAUCUGCGCACUUUGAGUCUAGUGCAGCACAGGUGCUACGCGGUUGCGACACCAGUGCAACGCCAGUGCAGCUCCCGUGUAUGUCAAUAGGAAUAUAGGCGCUCUGGUGCUGCUCUCGUGCGGCUUCAGAGCUCUACUGGUACUGCCUCGGCUCUUUCGCUUCCGGCAUGGCGAAUACGUGUCGCUUCUGAAAUUAAUAAGGCCGGAGCCGAAUGGAAAAGCUAAUGAAACAAACGACGGGCUGUUCCUGUGCCGCCUUCGUGCAACUUGAGAGCUGCACACGGCGCUGCAUCUACUCUUCCACUUCUGGCGUGACGAAUGCUAGUCGAACUUAAAGUAAUUAUAUGUCAGCCAAAUAAUCGGAACAGCUGGUCAAAUGUUAUCCAAAUAAUCAAGAUUUGGGCGAAAUUUGACGUCUCAGACGUCCCAGAAUCGGUCCCUGAAUCGCGCAUCGAACUUCAGCUUCGUUUUCGAAGCGCUUAGCUCGUGAAAAGCGACAACCACUGAUCACCAGUUAGGGUUUGUACAAAAUUAAUUAGCAGAAUUUUGCGUGGUUCAUUUCGAAAUCCCACGCCGAAGUGGAAGUGAGCGUAGCUUGUUCUGGGUGAACUCGGCGCGAACAGUUUUUUCGCUCCCUCUCCUUCCUUCACUGACAUCGUACUGUAGUUUCAAUGAUAAGUACAGUCAUGCGACAGAAUGAAAGCAGUACUAUCUGUGUAUGUUUCUUAAAUGGGGCGUUAUGUGUCGAACUGCAACAGUUGAGCCGCUUUAGAAAUUAGCUAUUUCUUCAGUUGUCUUAGUGGCUCCAGUAAUCCGAGCAUUUGCGAAAUAUUCCGAGUGCGAACGCUCAAGACGCAUAAAUCAAAUUCACUAUCGCAGUAACUUUCAAAAAAACAAAACAAAAAAAGAAGCCGAGUAAACCGUUUAUUUGUGCGUCGAGAACAGACAUCGCAUUACACAAGACAACACGAAAGCAACGUUAUCCUUUAGAGCUGUGGCAUUUCACAUGCCGUGGUAUCAUGCUCAAGUGUGACUGCUAACAAUCCACCCGUCUCAACUACAAAGCUUUGUGGCGCGCGUUUGCUACAGUGGCGCCAUCAGUAGCUCAAGUAACGCCGCGAAGUGAACGCGCCAACGAGGGCAUGCACGCAUGCAGGGAAACCUUAGCUGUCAGAAAUGUAAGCAACUACUGAAGCAAAACUGGCGAAUGCAUGGGAACAGUUCGCCUGUGUGGGGGCACCGCAGUCUUGUAUCACGUCCCCCCCUGCCUUUAUCCCUGACUUUCUUACCACUAUUUUCUUUCUUUCGUCGCUAGAGACCAGUUUGAUUCGCGAAAGCCCCGCAUCCAAUCGCUCUUGACAGCCAUCGCUUGCGGGUGAAUUCGCGUAGGUCGAAGAGAGAGGCGAGACGCGACGAGCGUGCGCUUUCCAACGCCUCUUCGCAAGGAUGCUGUAGCAAGCCUGAUCACAUAUAAGCAAAACAGCGCAAAAAAGAAAAACCUUGUCUCAGGGACGUGUCUGUAUGCAUGCCCUCUUGACGCAUAGUCCAAUUUGAUGUCGGCUUAUUGGAAAACAAGGGCUGGUUCCACUCCUCUUGGAAUGACAUCGAACCCACGACCCUAACAGCGUGGUGGGUGCUUAACUAUAUGAAAGAGAAUGAGAGGAAGAAUGAGAGAGAGAGAGAGAGAAGGUGCUAUCGUGGUGGUGCGCCUAUCCGCGAAGGCCGUCUGCACAGCAUCCCGUGCGCAGCAGCAGCUAAGCGCGCGCGGCUUCAAGGGAAAGAAGCAAACCACGAGAAGGCCCAUACAAGCCCCAAGACUGAGGCGCUCAUCCGAGCGGCCGCAUUGUUGUUCUUAUUUUUUUUUCCUUCGCUCAUCAAAGUGCAAUGUCUCUUCUUCGUCGCUCUCGGCAUUGGAGGGGACGAAGAAGAUUAUAACAAAACUGCCCGCUGCACUCCCCAUUUUAUCCCUCACCCCGCUCGUGCAUCCCUACUCCCCCAUUCCUCCCCACCAACCCUAACGGACUAUAAGUGAACAGCCGGCAACGGGACACCGCCCCACAAAGAGCACAGCUCGACGAAUCGACGACGAACUGACUUGUGUCGCCCGUGUGUGCAGUGUGUCCCAAGGACCUCCGACGAAAAGAGAGCGCGCGCACACACGCAUGGACUCUCCGCAGUGAUGGUGAAUAAGCGUGUGCGCAUACUGUGAUCCAUUCGAACAUUCUUACUUUUAUUUUUUCUCGCAAGCAUGUAGUAUGGCUGCGUCUUUUUCGUUUCUCCGAUGCUUCUUCCACGAGACAUUUUUCUUUUUCCUCCAUCUUCUUCUGGUGUCUUUCUAUGCCGGGACCAUCUUGUUCAUUUCUUUUUCUGCUACAUAUGGCCCGGCUGAUGUCGUUAUUCAGGAAGUGUUGCUCUUUUUAUUUCCGCGUCCCCGGGACGUCGUACCCUUGUACAUUGCGCCGCCAUCUUUAUUUUGUGACAUACCGUUGUUGUUAUUAUUUUAUUUUCGCUCUGUUCCUUUAUUUUCUCCGUGCACGUCGGGGGCAGAACCAGUGUCUUCUAUACACAGUGUCUAUACUAUAAUAUACAACAUGGCGGACGCUUUGUCGUCGCCAUAUUGAACAGGGUAUCUACAUUCAACGCGCCACGUACGGUUCGCCCGCGAAAAUGUGAAUACGCGGCGCGAGUUCUUGCGACUAUAUGUCUCAGCUGCGACAUUUUUGUGUCCCAAUUCACAAGCGACUCAGUUAUUCCAGGUAUAGACCUCCCGCGCGACAUCGGCGACCAAGUCACAAACGGUUAUACUUACGCACUAGCGGCACCUGCAACCUCGUUAAGUGAGAUGUAAAUGGCCAGGCGUGCAACGAUAGCGGUCCUCCUCGUGCAGCUGUUUCGGAGCUGCGCGAUCUUCUUGUCAUCUAAUUCUGAUCACCUGAUCGAAACAUAUUGUCGUUCUCUUUUUCUUUUAAUAAACACGUAGGAAGCAUCAUACUACAAAAAUCGUUACCUGUUAGCAAACUAAACACCGACGAAACUGUAUUAUGUCAGUUCGGUGCAGAAGCGAAUUGUGGAUUUGUUCUACGUGAUAAACUGAAACAGGGUUUUGCUUAGAGAUUCUUGUAAAAAAAAAAAAUUACCCGAAUGGUCGAUGUGCCUCAGACACUUUCCUGUGCUUAUCGCUGAGGUACACAUACGCAGUAACCUGCACUUUUACAGGCCACAGUUGCCCUGGGGUCAGUAAUAGUGUUGCACUCGUCGCCAAUAGAACGCGAUGGAGCUAGCUGUCGUUGCACGUGCCUGGUCUCGUCAUCCGCUCUGUUUUCGCACAUCCGCCGAAUAGGCAGCUACGUGGCUGUGGAUCUAUGCUCCAUUAUAUUUAUUAGCGCUUUAGCUCGCAUUAAGUACGAAUCUUAUAUUUUCAGAGGUACUUUAUACACCGUUCACGUGACUGAGUUCUGCGAUUGGUGCUCAAGGCCGGAUCAACGCAAAAGAUAAUCUUAAGACAGGGUGUGGUUAGUCCGACGAAAAUGGAUUUGCCUUGGUACUUCCUAUUACGAUACGCAAGGGCCAGGCCGAUAUUUAUGGCUUUUCACGAGAGUGGGGAAAUGGUCACGCACAGGACGUCGUCAUCGCUGUUGUCGUCAAUAAAAAAGGAAAGCUUGAGGGUUGCCGCGAAAAGCUUUGCAUUCCUCGCCCGAUUAACGUGCAUAUUAAACACAGCUCUUUGUUCUUUUUUUUUUUUUUGUGCAGAUAUGAGAUCACUGACUGCGUCUUACUUAAUAAAUAGCGCGGGUGUCUCAGGAACAGGGAAGUUUGAGGCUAGGUAUCGGGACUUUCUUUUUCCGUGUAGUUAAAUAGUGGAAUUGAGUCGAGGGCCCUUUUUCCAUGCGUCACAGGAGUUCGAGCGUUGCAUCGUAUGUUCUAAUUUUCCGCGAUCGAAAUUUGUAGUUGCAGCUUGCAAAUAAUUUGUCGUCGCUGCAAAACACUGCGUCGCAGAAUGUGGCAGCCACUUAGAUUCAAGCAGAUCCCUCUAGGAAGCUGCAGUAGUAGGCGUACCGACGAUUCAAUCGUUAUAUCUGGACUCUCGUCAUCUUGAAGUCUCUCGCCGGCAAUUAACAGCAUUACGUCCUCUGCAUCAGCGCAGGGAAUAUAAUCGAAUCAGUACACAUUACAAGGAACGUUUGCCUCAGAAGCGGCACGCUUUGCUAGAUGACAUUUAGCCUCUGGAGCCCACGUUUAACCUUUAUUAUAAGUCUAACGAAGAUCCCACCUAACUACUUCGCCGCAGAUGUAUAGCGACACGACACUCGGCGCACAGUGUUACAGUUGCUCAAAAUUUUCGUUUCCGAAUUCUGAUCUAUACGACGUUUUUACACUGCAGGCACGUUUCCCAUUUCUGUAGAUAAAUGAAGAAACAAAACAAGCUAACGAGACAGAGUAUGCAACGUACAGCCGCUCACAAAUUCAGCGAUAUAGUUUGGUCCAGUGAGCGUUCCAGCAGUAAAUGCGGCCACUCUUUCUGUAAUUAUUACUCUAAGGACACCGAGAUAACUACACUCGAUCCAUUUGGCACAUACUGCUUAAGCAACUUCGCUUCAACGCCCAAGCUCAUUCGAUUGUGCAGAGGCUUUCUUCAAGCGAUGAGCUGAUUCUGCCGCGUUAAUAAUGCACGCCAGAACACAAGAAUACAGGGUCAUGAGAAUUUUCCCGGCACGAUAAGCGCCCGAAUGAGGAGCUGCAUGCUUCCUCGCGCUUGCGCGAAACCUUGACAGACGUCGUUUCCGAGUUUGUUCAGCAGCUUGGUGUAAAUAAGAGGCCCGUUAAACACGAUGGCGCGGGCACUGAGGCCUUCGAUCGCACGCGCAUGCGCGUUAUGGAAAGACUGGAUAAUAACGCACGCUGCAGGUCCGCAUGCGCACACCACUGGAUGUAUACAGGGAAACACAAAACCAAUCGGAGAAAUCAGGGUCGUGGAGCAUCGUUUAAGAGACCGUACUUUCUUUUUCUCUUUUUCUCUCGCUCUCUCUUCUAGAUGCUCCACUUUAGAUAUAUAAAUAAAUGAGUCUAUAAAUAAAUAUAUAUAUUAUAUAUAUGAACGAUUUCCCGAAUUAUGUACAGGUUUUAAGACGUCUUGUGUACAGUUUCUACACGCCUUCUACUGUAAGUAAAGCCUCGAGAGACUCC